GACGGAGUGCAAUAUACCUACCGUAAAGAGGUCCUAUAUAGCGUUCUCCGUGCCCGCAUAGGGCAUCGCGUCUAGCUCGCAACCCUUCCCUCUCCCGUCCCUGUAUUCACCUCUACCCCUCGCCGUCUUCUACUACGCUUGCCCACACCCUCCACUCCACGUUCUCAUCGCCUUCGCAUUCGAGGACGAGACACACCUCGAGGCUUGCUCUUGGUUUAAGUUUGCGGUGAUCCCGCGAGUACCGGGGGGUCGACUCCGGCCUCGUUAUGCGCUUACGUCACUCUACGAUAGACACUGUCCAGGCCUACUGAUAAUAUCGAGCAGCUCGCCGGCUUAAGACAGCCUCGCAUUUGUUCCCGUGCCGUCUCUCACGUCAUCUUCGCCAUGAGUGAGAGAUUGUCAGAUCGUAGCCCCCUGGAUGUUGCGCCCCGGCCUGGUAUCGACGCGAGGCUAAGCUCGUCCGUAUCCAUCUCUACCUUUGGUGACCCGCGACUCUCGUCUACGCAGUCUCUGGUCCCCUCGUCUCCUUUCGAGGAAACCGGACGCCGGAAGCUUCUGGUCAUCUACAUCCAUGGGUACAUGGGUAGCGAUGCCUCUUUUCAAUCCUUCCCUGCCCAUGUGCACAGGUAUCUCAAGCUAGCCUUAGCCGACACUCAUGCCAUACAUUCCAAGAUCUACCCGAGAUACAAGACCUAUAAAGCCCUUCGGGUAGGUCGCGAUAGUUUUAGUAGUUGGCUCGCCCCCCAUGAGUCGCCGAACACCGACGUUGUGCUUGUCGGACAUUCCAUGGGCGGAUUGUUGGCUGCCGAUGUUGCCUUGAUGCUUUCGGGUAACCAGCACGAGGAUAGAUAUUUCCUACAUCGCAUCCUAGGGACUAUCAGCUUAGAUGCGCCACUGCUAGGCCUCCAUCCCAGUGUGAUUACCACGGGUAUCGCUAGCCUGUUCCAGCCCAAGCCAGACGUAAAAGACCUGCCGGAAGAGCCGAUACCUGAGGACGAAUCCACCCAACCCUCGUAUUACGCCCCUUCAACACACGAUUCCGUCUAUUCAGGCCCGUCUAGCACGUCUCAGGCGUCACUGUCCUCCUCUAUACCCUAUGGCAUGACAUUUGAUCCUAACUUCAACCCGUCGUUCAUGAACGACAUACGUCUUCAGGAUAGGGGUUGGUGGGGGAACAUCGUCCACUUCGUCGAGAAGCAUAGCUCGGAAAAUAUACUAGACGCCGCUACCUCUCACAUCAUGUCUCAUUUAGAAUAUGGGGGGGCCCUGAUGGAUAUCGCCGGCCUCAAGGCACGGUAUGAAAGCAUCCGUCGGUUAGAGGAUGUGGAUGACCUGAAGCACCAAGAGUUGCCUCAUAUACCGCCACGGGUCCGCUUCCUCCAGUAUUACACCGUGUGCCAUGGACCUCCCAAACAAACAAUUCCCCGGAAGCCAAGUCUCAGUCCAGAAACCUCCAGUAUUCCAAGGGAACCGCGUAGCCCUACAUCCACGACGGAGGUUCCCAGUCGAAGUCGCAGCAAUACCCCGAGUCUACGGACCCGUAUGGAUGCCAUUCUGGAAGAGGGUAUUUCACCUCUGGAUUCCCACGAAGCCGACAGCGACGGAAGCCUAACGUUACUUUCCCCUCAACCGAUCUCUGAAGGGGAUCAACCAAUACCGAGCUCCUGUCCAUCUCUCCAGUCGCUAGAGGGACCCAGAGACAAGCCCCUAGAAAGUUACAUACCUGCUUCCGGAUCUUUUGUGAAGGUGAAUGAUAUUGAGGUCGAUUGUCCGCAAGAUCAUUCAGGUUUAUCACCCCAAGGAUCUUCGCAAAAUGGUGUGAUCUCAACGGCCCGUCUGGGUGAUUCCAUGGCAUCUCUAAAUCUAGAUCUUCCCGAGAUUCCAGAAUUGCCUACCAAGCCUGAACCGCCAGAUUUAGACCGGUAUCUCGACAAAGAGACGAGAAAACAAGCCGAAAAGGAGGCGAAGCGAGCGGAAAAGGAUUAUGCGAAGCGCGUGAAGGACCGCGAAAGGACCAUCAAAGAGAGGCAGAAGAUCAUCGAUAAGAGGAAAAAGAAGCUCACGCAUGAAACGGAGAAACGGGAGAAGGAAGAAAAGAGGCAGCGUCGGAAGGAAGAGAGCGCUGCCGUCAAGGCAAAAUCGUCGGUCUUAGGAGAGGGAUCUGUAGACACUCACGAUCCCCCGACUGGAUAUCCUGACAGCGCUCCAAGUGAGCGAACACAACGAGAGCUGAACUCGAAUACCGUGCCGCCUGUGCUAGGCCCACAGGAAGAGGGGGAGGAUGGAAUGAAACCGCCGAAGAAAUUAAAGAACCGGAAAUUUUGUAACCUGCCGCCCAAAGUUGACGGGGAGGUCGAUUCCAAGUGGAUUAAAGUUUUUAUGAAGGAUAUGGAUCAAGUCACUGCGCACACGAGCCUGUUCUUCAGAGGGGAGCAUUACGAGAGACUAGUUGGUGACGUUGGAGAGGCCAUCGUGGGAUGGGUGCAGGAGGACAUGACCAAAAGGGCCAUUCUUGAGUUGAGAGAUUAGAUGGUGUUCACGUGGAUAGGGACUCGGGGAUGUCCCGAUUAAUGAUACCACUUCAUAUGGCUUCCAUUUAGUUGCUGAGUGGAGUGGCCCUCAAGGAGUAAUGGGGAGUAAGCAAGUACACUCAUCAUAAUUAUCAGUAGCGGAGUUGGUCUCGUCGCGUCUCGAAAGGGUCGAACUUACUAUACACCAUUGGCAAUUGAAGGAAACACUGGGUUCGUGUGCGUGUGCGCUCUCAGGUCGGCUUGAUUCCUCGGACAGCGCGAGAAGGCGAAUACAAUGGGUUCGGCGACACCAGCCGAGAUUACGAUGGCUACUUGAAGUCAUAACCAAGACACCAGCGAGUUCCUGCGUUCAUUUCGUACGUAGACUCUAGAUGAAUAUCAGGGGGGGCUCCUGCUCCCUGGCC